UGACUCGGCUCAGUUCCAGUAUCCAGACUAAAAAACGCACGUACCACUCGAGCCAAUCCCAUACGCCUGGUCUGUGCCGGCGCGCGCGGCUCUGUUCGCCGUCACGGAGCCGCAGCAAAGGCCAGCAACCGCAAGCCUCGUCUCCUGAUCGAUCUCCUCUGCUUAAUUCUCCGGUGCUUCCUCUUCGGGACGGCCGUGGUGUGGGUUCGGUGGGACUACGACAUGGGUGGACUGGCCGUGCAAGAGAGCGCAGCUCCAUCUGUGGAGCUGGAAGGGACGGCGAGGCCCCCGCCGCUGCUGAUGCUCAAGGAGUGGAUGGAGCUGGAGUCCAGCGCGGAGCUCUCCCGCGACGGCUUCGGGUGGUGCUACCCGCGGCAGCUCGCCGCUGAGCUCCGGGGAGGAAGCGGCAGGCGGAGGAACGGCGCCGUGAUCGAGAGGGUGUCGGCCGCGGUGAGGGCAGCUCUGUUCCCGCCGCCGUCGGCACGGGAGGGAGGAGAGUCCGCGUUGUCCAAGACCUUCUCGAGGAGGCUGAAGCGGGGGUUCUGGAAGAAGCGGAAGGGGGAGGGGGAGGAGGGGAGCAGUAGGGUGGAAAGCUGCGCUGCAGCUGCAGUUAGUGGAAGGGACGAUGGGUCGUCGCCGGCAAUGUCGCCUAGGAGGAGGAGCUGGGAAGGUGGCCACGCAGGUGGCGUCGGCGCCCGUCUGGGCCAUCAAGAAACUCAGAAACAGAUCGUAAGAAUGGAAUGCGAGACAACGUGCCGCUUGGACGAGGAGCUCGAAGAGGGGCAGCGGCUGAGCCCAGUUUCUGUCAUGGACUUCCUCAGCCAGGAUGAUGAAGAUGACGGCGAGGUCGAAGAGGGCAACAGCAACAGCGACUACGACGACGGAGACGGAGACAUUGCGUCGCCAACGUUCCAGCAAAGCCUGGCCAACAUUCGAAGGGUAAGUCAGCAGCUACUGCAGAAAAUUCGACAAUUCGAGCAGCUAGCCGAGCUUGACGCAUCCGACUUGGACGACGCCACGACGGCCAAGGAGGACGUUCUCUGCGAAGCGGCGGAUUCGGACUCUGUCGAUGAUGAUAUCGAAGAGGCGUUUGUGCAGGACCUGCUCGACCUGCUGGAAGCGAGCUCUCCUGGGUCCACCCGCUCCUUCCAGAAGCUUCUAGUAGAUUUCUUCUACGACGGGUUGCCACCUCGGAAAGGAGAAAGAUUGGACGGCCCGGAUAGAGCGAGGCUGCUGCUGGAGACUGCUAAGGCAUGGUUGGAUGGUCAGGAUUUCUCGGCAAGAUUGGACAGGAAGGCAGAGGUGGAAGAGAUUGAGCGGCUCGGGCGGUGGAGAUGCUUCAAGGAGGACGAACAGGGCCUAGUGACCGUUGAUUUGGAGGAUGAGAUCUUCUCGUCACUGAUCGCAGAAUUGGUCAGAGAGUUGGGUUGACUGCUAGUGCUGCGGCUACGAGAGGGCUUCUUCGGAACAGGUUGAAACAAUCCAAACUGCACGAGCUGGACCGAAAAUCUUUGACCUACAACUCUACUGAUCACCGUAAUCACAAGAAGUAUGGCUGGUGACUGGUGACAUCAAGGCAGAACCCCACGGGCACUAAUUAAUCUUAGAAUUGUUUUUUGUUUUGACAACUUAAUCUUAGAAUUGUUGGUUGACCAUAGAGCACGUUUGAGUAAUCCUGCGAUAGUUGUAGGCUAUGCAAAUCCUUGGAAGUGUAUCUGGCGAUCUGUGUGUGUAAAUUCCGCUGGUCCAUUAGAAAACAAAUGCGCUGACACAUCUUGUUGUAGGAAAUCACGUAUUUUAAAAGUUCGAACAGAAGUAAUGCUUUGAACGUAGAUGAUUCUGACGAUAUAUUGUUUCAAAA